AUGACUUCUGUUCAGGACAUUCAUCCCCGCGUUAUUGGCGCGCCCAACACGCUCGACUACCGCGUGUACCUCGAGUCGAAGUCGACUGGCCAGCCCCUGUCGCCCUUCCACGAUGUGCCGCUGUACGCCGAUGAGGCCAACGGCAUCCUGAACUUUAUUGUUGAGAUCCCCCGCUGGACGAACGCCAAGGUGGAGAUCAGCAAGGAGGAGCCUCUGAACCCCUUCCUGCAGGACACCAAGAAGGGCAAGCUGCGCUUUGUGCGUAACUCCUUCCCCCACAAGGGUUACAUCUGGAACUACGGUGCCUUCCCCCAGACCUGGGAGGACCCUAGCUUCACUCACCCCGACACCAAGGCCGCCGGUGACAACGACCCUCUGGACGUUGUUGAGAUCGGUGAGCAGGUCGGUUACACGGGCCAGAUCAAGCAGGUCAAGGUUCUCGGUGUGAUGGCCCUGCUUGACGAGGGCGAGACCGACUGGAAGGUCAUUGUCAUUGACGUCAACGACCCUCUGGCCUCCAAGCUCAACGACAUUGAGGACGUGGAGCGCCACCUUCCCGGUCUGAUCCGUGCGACGAACGAGUGGUUCCGCAUCUACAAGAUCCCCGACGGCAAGCCCGAGAACCAGUUCGCCUUCUCGGGCGAGGCCAAGAACCGCGCCUACGCCCAGGAGGUGAUCCACGAGUGCCACGAGGCGUGGCGCCGCCUGAUCACUGGCCAGGCCAACGCGGGUGACGUCAAGAUCGAGAACUCGACCGUGCACGGCAGCAAGAGCCUUGUCUCGCCCAGCGACGCGGUCAUCACCUCGAUCCCCGCCGCCAACCCGCAGCCCCCUGCCCCGAUCGACCCGAGCAUCGACAAGUGGUUCUUCAUCUCGUCGUCGAACUAA